CUUUGUCCUAAAAGAUCAUCUUCGUCACCCUUUGUGCUACUUCUGUUUGGCAGAUUCAUAUACGGUACCGCCCAACAUUUCCUCACUACUUGUUCCUUUCAAGAGCGGCAGCAUUGGCUGCUGCAAAUUGAACAAGAGUGGAAUCUUACCUUCUUUCCUUUAUUGCUUUCGUGCACCGACUUUGACAAGACAAACAUCUUGGCUCUCAUACGUCAACAAAGCAAAUCUUCAAACUACCUUUGAAUUUAAACGUACAAUGGCUUCAUCCACCAAUCCUUACCCUCAAGCUCCUGGUUGGGACCCAAAGAAGACGCCGUUCCCACAAGCACGUCGAUGUGACAAAGUGUUCAUUCACAAGUCACAAGAACAAGGUGAAGUGAAAGUACCAGAUCCGUAUCACUAUCUCGAGCAACCACCUUCUCAAUCAGAAGAGACAAAGGCAUUCUGCGAAGCACAGGCUGCAUUCACACAACAAUAUUUAGACCAAUGCAAAGAUUUGAAAGAAUUCAGACAAAUUUUGGAUAAUGUGGUCAACUAUCCUCGCUUCAGUACGCCACGCUCUGUAGGACCACCGGAUGAUUUGACAUAUUAUUAUACGUUCAACAAUGGCCUAGACGCUCAAUCUACUUGGUAUAAAAUGACACCUGAGGAAUUGAUGAAUGCCGAACGUACAGGCUACAAAUCUCCUCCUGGUCAACAAUUCUUCAAUGAAAAUCUGAUGAGCAAAGAUGGAACUACGACUGUUGGAAACUUUUAUUUCUCUCACUCGGGUAAAAUUGCUGCCUACACUGUUACCCAUCGUGGUUCGGAUUGGUAUUCCGUCUACUUUCGUGAUACAUCCAAGCCGUUCACAGAACAGCCAGAGGAUCUCAAGGUCGCUGCUAAGGGCGGUCCUGAUUGCAUGUCCGAUGUGAUCCACCAUGUCAAAUUUUCGGGUGUCUCUUGGUCAAGAGAUGACAAAGGUGUAUUCUAUCAGCGUCUUGCUCAUACUGACGGACAAGAUCAAGGUACGGAAACUGCCGUUGCAAAGGAUGCCGAGGUUUGGUACCACAAACUCGGCACAAGCCAGGAUGAAGACAUUUUGAUCAUCAACAAAGAUCCCGAUUUGGAAUCCAACAUUUGGGGAGCACAUACAACCGAUGAUGGUAAAUGGUUGAUGGUCAGCAGCUUUAAGGGAACCGAGCAAAAAUCGCGAUUGUAUGUCGCACCACUGGAUCCUCAAGCCGGCAUUACCGCGGAUCUGAAGUGGAUCUCAAUUGCUCCUGAAUUUGCGUUCUACCUUUCAUUCAUCACGAAUGAUGGUGAUGACUUUUACUUCAUGACCAACAAAGAUGCACCCAAUUGGAAAAUCGUUCGUGCCAGCGUAAAUCCUAGCCAGGCCAAGAAAGUAGAACAUCUUCGUGAUUUGAAAGAUGAAGUGACUUUAGAAGAUAUUGUCAAGGAAAACAAGGAAGCAACCUUGGAUGAAGCUCUCGUUGUUGCACAAAACAAGCUCUUGGUAUGGUAUGUGAAGGAUGUAAAGAAUGAAUUGUACCAAUACGAGCUCAAGACUGGAGAGAAGAUUAGACGUCUCUUGCCUGAUUUGCUUGGCACAAUCUCGUCCGUUAGCGGACGCAAGAAAGACAAUCAUGCUUUCCUCUCUGUUACUUCGUUCACUUCACCUGGGUUGGUGUAUAGAUUGAAUUGGGAUGAAAGCGAUCGUCAAGAUACAAAAGCCGAACCGAAGAUCGUUCAACAUCGAGCAACAAAGGUGUCAUGCUUGGAUCUGAAUGCUUUCACCACUCAACAAAUCUUCAUCACAAGCAAAGACGGUACAAAAGUACCGGUUUACUUGACCCAUCUUAAAACUCGCAAGUUCGAUGGCACUGCCCCGGCGUGGAUCUACGCUUAUGGUGGAUUUGCCCAUAGCUUAAUGCCAACCUUUAGUCCGAGAUUGUUAAGUUGGAUCGGAAGUUAUGAUGGUGUCUUGGCAUGGGUGAAUGCCAGAGGUGGAUCUGAAUACGGUGAAGAUUGGCAUAACGCUGGUGCUUUUGGAAACAAACAAAAUUGCUUUGAUGAUAUCAUUUGCACAGCGCAACAUUUGGUCGAUAACAAGAUUGCAGCAAAAGGCAAAUUGAUCGUCAAUGGAGGCAGUAACGGUGGUUUAAUGGCAAUGGCUGUUGCCAAUCAAGCACCUGAAGGUUUGUUGGGUGCUGUUCUCGCAGAGGUAGGAGUGUUGGAUAUGUUACGCUUCCAACAUUUCACUGCAGGUGUCUUUUGGACACAAGAAUUCGGCAAUCCAGACGAAGCAGAACCAUUCGAUUAUAUCUACAAGUAUAGCCCUUUGCACAAUGUUGAUGCCAACAAAACAUAUCCUCUAGUCUUGCUGACCACAGCAGAUCAUGACGAUCGUGUCUCACCACUUCAUUCGUUCAAACAAAUUGCUGAACUGCAACAUCGUUUACCAAACAAUCCUCAACCUUUGCUCUUGCGUGUUACAAUGGAUGCCGGUCAUGGAGCUUCGAACAGUUUGACCAAACUUUUGGAAGAGGCCGCCAUCAAGUAUUGUCUCACUGCUCAUGUUCUAGGUCUCAAGCGUCAGCCUCUGCCUGGUUCUUUACCUCCUAGCAAACAAUGAUCAAUCAUGCCUGCUCCGCUUUUUGUAUACAAAAAUAACCAUCUGUAUAUUCAUGAAUACAUGUUCCGCAUCCCUUGAUCCCAAUAAUUCUGCCUCUAUGAGUCU